AAUAGAAAGAGCCUGGCACUGCCUUAUCGCGUGUUGUAAGCAGUGGAUACUUAACUCAUGUGGUAGGGUCCAUGCUUAACUUGGGCCAAAUUGUGGCUGUGGCAUGCGGGAACCACUCGUCAUAUGCUGCAGUUUCCAAUCCAAACUGAACAAACUUCAAAUUAUAAGUGAACUAAGACUUAGAAAAUAGGCAGUGUACAUACUAGCCACUGUAAGCAGCUAUUGUUGAUGAGCUAGCAAGGCAGAUGGGAUUGCUUGUAUUGUAGAUUCAUAUCCUGAUUGAAGAUUUGAGUCAUCUGAGCUGUGCCUGUGUAGAUAGCUAGGCUUCAAUACAAAUACAAGAAGACUGGUAUGAACUGAUGAAAAGCCACAGAAGAAAAAUAAAACAGUGUGCUGGGAUAUCAAUUUACUAGUAACAUGGAACCGCCACUAAGCAAGUCCACUAUCAGAACUAGACUCCUGGAAAGAGAUUUCAGUGAUCGAAUGCAUGAGUCAGAUAUCGCGUUGUUUGCAAGUCGGAAGAAGAAAGCAUCUGUUCUUGUGCCGUUGAUACUGUGUGAAAAUGGAGAUCUUGAGGUACUUCUUACAAAGAGGGCAGCCCAUCUUCGGGCUGAUGCUGGUGAUGUCGCGUUUCCGGGUGGAAAGCGGGAUGACGAGGAUGCAGAUGACACUGCAACGGCGCUACGGGAAUCUUGGGAGGAGAUCGGUCUUCAUCCUUCGGACGUCGAGGUGGUGUCCCAGCUUCCACCAAUGACCUCUCGACAUGGCUACUUUAUCACACCAGUUACAGGAUUAAUUCCCGAGACAUUUGAACCUGACAUCAACCCCAAUGAAGUAGAGGAUGUCUUCCGUGUACCCCUUAUUGAUUUCCUCUUGUGUGAUAACCACAAGUCUCAAAGAACCUCGAAUAAAGGACGAUUUGCUUGGCUUCACUACUUUGAACACAUUAUCAACGGCAAGGGAUUUAUUACUUGGGGUUUGACAGCGUAUCUAUGUAUUACUGCUGCUUGUACCGUAUACCAAAGAGCUCCAGACUUUGAAAUGGAACCAGGCUUUGAUCAUGAAAAUUUAGCUCAGGGAUUUAUAGACCUCAUGGCAAGGGAGAAGAAAGAAGAGGCACUUUCAGCUGAUGGAAGCAAAUUAUGAAGUAUAAAUUAUGUUGACGACCUGAUUAAUUAACAGAUCAUGAUGUUUUUAAAAUAUAAGCCUAAUUAUGUGAAGCAGCUGUAAAAUAUCUUUUGAAUUAUCAGUGUAUUUGCUUUUGAAUAGUGAUGUCUCGGAAUCAUACAAUUUUUUCAAAAUGUUUAAAUUAGUUUGAAAUUCCCAGGGCCUAGCAGACUCUACAUUCAACUUUGUCCACUCUAAUUUACAAUUCAAACUUUCAGUUGCUUUUGAAAGGGAUAAGGGCUUACUGUACUCUUUAUUCAAAGCAAUAUGUGGCAUAACUUGACUUGGUAGCAAAUAAACCUAGAUGGCCCAACAAAGCCCUGAUUUUAUACCAUCAUGCUUUACCUGUGUCAGAAAAGGUUUGGAAAAGGUACACUUAAAAUACUAAAUACAGUGAUUACAUGUGUUGUACAUUUUAAUCACAUAUACUGAUACCAUUUUUAUUCUAUUGAAACUCAUCUUUGAAUAUCUACUUUUUUUAGGGUACGGUAGCUUACUAAAGUUAGCUCUAUUUGAACAAGUAUGGUUUUCAGAGCAAUUUAACAAUGCAUUGCAAUGAAAGAUUAAUAUGUUCAUGGGACAAGGCAAAAAGUAAUAAACCCAAGUUGCAAUAAGAAGCAUUAUUAUUUGAUUUGGUGACUGGACAAAUACAAAAAGUGAAAUAGUGACCCUUGGCCUGGGUAAGACUUGUAGUCAAGUGUAUACUCUAAUGCAGGCAAUACAUUAUGCACUGUGCAGUGCAUGUUGAUGUCCAUUUCUCAGAGUUGAAUACAGCUUGUACAGUGUGGUCUUUCUUGACUUGGAAAGCAAAUAGAACUUUGACCAAACUGAUGAAGUCGAGUGCUGCAUUAUUAGUGCAAUCAAGGAAAACUCAAGGGGGCAAAGCCAAAGGGAAAUUUGGCUAAAAAUCUCCUUUUUUUUUACUUCUUGUGUUUUGUACACUAGUCCAUUUUCAUUUGGAUUUCAAUUUCAUAAGGAGUGGAAUUUUUAGUGGAUAUGAACAAAAUGGCCUCAUUAUAGAAAAUAUGAGAUUCCAUGAUGUAGAGUAUGAACCAGUCUAAGGAAAUGUGGGUAAACUAAAUGAUUUACUUUUCUCGUGAGGUUAUAUAUAUUGGACUAUUCAAUUUGUACUAAGUACUAACUACUGGUCUAUGAUUCAAGAGAGAUGAAUAAGAGAAUUACAUGUAUUCACUUGAACUACAUAUUCUGGCAGUUUUAUUUGUUUUUAGCAUUUGUUUUUCCAUACACAUGUGAGUAUUGUCAUGAUUUAAUCAGUCUGCGUAAGUAAACUCAUUCAAAUUGACAUCUACCUGAAUGUAACAUUUUACUAAUGAUAUUGCACAUUUGGUUUUGUCAAUUAAGAUGUUGGACAUGAACAUGUCUACAUGACUCUACGAAUAUAUGUUAAAUAUAAAGAUAAAACUUUUAUCAUGGAUAGAAGGGGACACUAGGUGAAAUGAUACAUCUAGAGAAAAUGCAAUUGUCAAAGUCACUUAUUUAAAGCCUGUGAAGUUUCAUAUUUUCAAAUGGCAUCAUCAUCAGCCAUUGAAAAAAAAUUCCAUGGACAGUUCAAAUUUGGAAUGUUAGAUAAAAUUCAAGUACAUGUAUGUCACAGGUACUGACCUUCUACCAAAACUUUACUCUAUUUUGAUUGGUAUCUGAUCAAAUAAAUUUUCUUGCAAAAUUUCAAAUAAUAUCCAAUGAAAAACAUUUUAUUUCAUACCCUUAAUAUCAACUGCUUUAAGCCAUACAAAUUAAUGUUUUGUUAUAAUGAUCGGGGUGGCAACAUUCACUUUUGAGGGAUUUACUAAAACUAAAAAUAUGGUAAACUUUAAUAACAAUAAGUUGGGAUCCUGUUUUAGAAAAUACGAGUAGUUGAGGAAUCGAGAUGGUGCUAUUGGUUCGUAUCUGCAUUAAAAGAAACCAUAUCUCAUAAUAAAUUGAUCUUAUUAAUUUAGUGAAAUGC